AUGGACGGCAUAGAGGCCAUGGGUGCACGCCGAGCCAUGUCGCUCAUGUUCACCGUGCCCGAGCGUUUCAUCGGCUUUGCACACAUGGACCAGAAGACCUUUUUCGAUCUGUCCGACUGGAUUCUGGCCAACGUCGCAUCGCAAAUCACGCCCCAGAUCAGUGUCGAGGAGUCCCUGUUUGUCUUCCUGGACAUUGUCGCGCAAGGAAACAGCUUCAGCCAUGUGGCGUAUGGAUGGGAUCACGACCUCGAGCUGACACACGGUAUCUUCCUCAACGUCCUCAAUGCCCUCACUGUGCUGCGCGCCAGCCGGGAGAUUGCCGACACAUGCCCACCUUUCACACAAGCCCGCAAGCGCUGGGAAGUCACCCGACGAUGGAACCAGAAGCGAUCAAGACCGAACCCCGGCGGCAUAGUCCGCAUCGGCUACGAUGAAAUGUCCCGCGACGGCCUCGAAGUCGACCAGGAGUGCCUCAAGGAAGCCCUCAUGGCCCUCAACAACUUCAUCCACGAGAAUGCCGACCAUGACGAAUCCUGA